CAGACAGGCUCCACAAACUAAAGGAUAUAACAGCAAGGUAUCGGGACAGCAGCCUCCCGACCCCCCCUGACUGUUUCUUUGGAGCGUAAACCAUCACGGUUUGGCUUCACAAGAUGGACCUGAGGGUAACCAGCGUUCUCCUCGUCCUCCUAGCUUUGGCUGAGGCGACCCCUGAUAGGUACUACCACGUGCCAAAAGUAGCCAAGGCACACUACCCCGUCAAGAGUCAUGUUGUUGCAGGUGAGCAAGGUGCUCAAGGGCCUCCAGGUGAACCAGGACCAAUGGGACCACCUGGACCUCCUGGAAAGAGUGGCGUAGGACAUACUGGACCACCAGGACCACCAGGAUCUCCUGGACCUGCUGGCUACACUCAAGCAGGUAAACCUGGUAGCCCAGGUGGCCCUGGAAAACCAGGUACCCCUGGUAUCCCUGGUGAUAGAGGUGCACCUGGCUCAAGUGGACCAAUGGGUCCCAGAGGUGCACCUGGCACACCUGGAACACCUGGACCUGCAGGAUUCUCUUCUGUUGGAAAACCUGGACCAUCUGGCAUUCCUGGAUCAAUGGGACCAAGAGGAGAGCCUGGCCUGAAGGGACAUCCUGGUAUUCCUGGUCUUCCUGGCUCCAAAGGAGAGAGAGGUAUUGGGGUUCCUGGGGUUCAAGGAGCACCAGGCGCAGUCGGACCAAUGGGUCCAUCUGGUAUGCCAGGUAAACCUGGAGUUGGUAAACCUGGUGCCACUGGCUAUCCUGGAGAACCUGGCAAGUCUGGCAUGCCAGGAAGGGAUGGUGCUCCUGGGCCAAUGGGUAUGACAGGGCCAAAGGGUCACACUGGGGCUCCAGGCACAGGAGCACCAGGAAAACCAGGCCAGAAUGGUACACCAGGUAUGCCUGGACCUAUGGGGGCUAAAGGUCCACAGGGUCCAUCUGGUCAGCCAGGCUCCCCUGGCAUGCCAGGUGUUGGCAAAACAGGUGAGCCUGGAAUACCAGGCAGCAGAGGAUCCCCUGGUACUCCAGGAACCACUGGUCAAAAGGGAGAGCCAGGUCCAACUGGUUAUACUGGUCAGCCAGGCGCUCCUGGUCCUAUUGGCCCAGCUGGUCCACAGGGUGCAAGAGGAUUCCAGGGUGAGGGAGGCCCAACAGGACCCAAAGGCGACAUUGGUAUGGUGGGUGCACCAGGCCCAAGGGGAACCAAGGGUGACCAGGGAGCUCAGGGUUUCACUGGAAAACCAGGUGUCCCUGGGGCAGUAGGUCCUUCAGGAAUUCCAGGUCACAAUGGUCCUCAGGGUCCAAAGGGUUCUCAAGGCCACACCGGUGCCCCAGGAAUCCCAGGUUCAAAUGGCGCCCCAGGACUAAAAGGACACACAGGUACCCCAGGAGCACCAGGAAAAAGUGGUGAGAGUGGAAGACCAGGACCCAUGGGACCAGCUGGAGCACCCGGUCAAUCCGGUCCCCCUGGACUUAAGGGCCACCCAGGUAUGCCAGGCGCACCUGGUCCAGCUGGCUUAACAGCUAAGGGCGUUAGUGGUCCUCAGGGUCCACCUGGAAUUCCAGGUGCCAGAGGUCACGAUGGUCUUCCAGGCCCUGCCGGUCCUCCCGGUCCACCUGGCCCACCAGGAGAGGUGGUCUACCACCAUGAGAAGAGCAUGCCAAUCAAGUCCCACGAGGUUGUGAUGUCUCAUGAGAUGAUGAAGGCCCCCAUGUCUGCCUUCAGUGCUGUGCUGACCACCGCCUACCCCCCAUCUGGUACUCCUAUUCAGUUCGCUCAGGUUCUGUACAAUGGGGAGAACCAUUAUGACCCCCACAGUGGUGUGUUCACCUGCCAGAUCCCAGGCCUCUACUAUUUCAGCUAUCAUAUCCAUGUCAAUGGUGCUAAUGCAUUGGUGGCCCUCUACAAAAACGAAGACCCAGUUGUUUUCACCUAUGAUGAGUACAACAAGGGCUUCCUGGAUCAGAUGUCAGGCAGUACUGUUCUUAUGCUGCAUCCCGGUGACAGAGUCUAUAUCCAGGUCCCUGAUGAGGAGAGUAACGGUAUAUUUGCCGCAGAUAAUGUUCACUGCGCUUUCUCUGGGUUCUUGAUUGCCUCAACGUGAUUUCACAAAUCCAAAUAAACCUCAAAACCUUACAAACAUUGAACUACUCAGAGAAAUAGAUCAGUUUACAAAAUUCCAAAUUGAGAUGGUAAAUUAAGGAAAAAGUAUGGUUGUAAAUUUUGCAAGUUUAACUGCCUCAUUCAAAUCUUGAAAAAGUUUUGCUAACAAAUGAUUUGACAAACAGAGGUAUUAAUGCUGACUAAAAUGUAAAAACACAUGGUUCAAAUUGAUCCCGCUCCCCAGUUCAUCUUGUGUGUGCAUUGGCAAUUUUAAGAAACAUGAAACCAUAUCGGAAAUGUUUUAAGUGGUGCUCUACAACUGCCUGUAACAUUUACAGCACGUCUUGUACUUGUGUUCGUUUUUAUUAAUGUCUGUUGUUUAAGAAUUUUCCUGUAAUAUACAUACAAAAGACACACAAAACUGUUGUACUAUAUGUUAUCAGAGAUCAGCACAUUCUCACAAGCACUGUGACCAGCAAAAAAAAAAAAAAAAC